CAUGUCAGUCACUGUCAUCAUUUGCAACGGUUUUUUGUUUCGACUUGAUUUUGUUUUUGCUUGAGUAUACUUCUGCUAUAGAACGCAAAUUAUUUGGAAAACAUGCAAGGAACUAAAAACAAUACAAGUACACGUAUACGUGGUGAAAACUGGACCCAAGAAGAAAAGGAUCUGUUCUUCGAAAUAAUGCGGGAGUCCGCACAUAUUGUCGAUAUUAAAUCAACGGAUACCGAUAGUAACAGAAGAAAAAAAUUGGAAUGGUUGAAUGUCCAAAACAAACUCAAAGAACUUACCGGGAAACCUAGAGAUGUACCUCAGUUAAAAGGUUUCUGGAGGCGGUUUAAGAUGGCCACAAAAGAAAGUGUGCCACAACACCAAACAACCUCAUUAGAGGAUUAUGAUAUAUCGGGAGAAGGUGAAACUGUUACUGUAACUGCAGAUGUGUACUGCAAAGAGAAUUAUAAAGUACACCCCCCUACCCCUAUAACAAACAAAACACAAGUAGAAAAAAAAAUUACCUGCAAGACAGCGCUGCCCAACAGCAAUUUUAAAAUUAAAAAGCGGGCCAUGGAAAUGAUGGAAGAAGAGCAUGAGCUAAAAAUAAAAUACCAGCAGCAAGAGUUAGCCCACCAGGAAUUAAAACAUAGGAUGGAGAUAGAGUUAUAUCAGUUAGAUAAAACAAAAAAAGAAUUGGAAAUAGAACUAUUAAAGAAAAAACUAAAAGAAUAACUUUUAUUUAAGUACUUACAUAUAUAAAAAGAGUAUUAUUAAGUUAGUGGUAGUUAAGUUUUUAUGCUAA